GUGUUGGGUUAAACUAUUCGGGUUCGAAUUAAACCAUCAACCACAUCAAUUUUUCUUCCAAAACUCACCCUUCGUAGCACCGUCAGCUGCUGAAUCGUUUUCCGGAUCAAAUGGGCUUCCUCCUCCCCUCAACGUUCUUCAUCUGAUCUACAAAUUCUUCAAUUUCCUACGGAUCUAGGGUUUUGCAUCACGAAAUCGUCAUUCUCACCCUCGUCGGAGAAGAUUUCUGGAUCUCGGAAUUCUAGGGUUCUUCAGAGAGAUCCAAUCGGUUUUUGAAUGCGCAUGGAACAUAGAAGAUCGAUUUGUUAGUGUAUUGAAAAUUAUAAUUUUCGGAGAUUAUUAUUGAAAAUGCCUGUGAAAGUAGCGAGUGCGUCAUUACGGGAUCGGACUCAGGAGUUUCAGAGUAUAGCAGAGAGGUUAAAGAAGUCAUUUUCGUCUGUUCAGAAUGGGCCGAUUAGCAGCAACACCAAUAGUGGUUCUAGAUCGGAGGAACAGAGGACCACUAUUGCUAUGCAAUCGGAGUUUAAUCGACGAGCCUCCAAAAUUGGUUUUGGAAUACAUCAAACCUCUCAGAAACUUGCAAAGCUAGCAAAAUUGGCAAAAAGGACUUCCGUCUUUGAUGAUCCAACUACAGAAAUCCAGGAGCUCACGGCAGUUAUCAAGCAAGAUAUUACAGCACUUAACUCUGCUGUAGUAGAUCUCCAGCUUCACUCUAAUGCUCGUAAUGAGAGUGGUAAUAGUGAUACCACUAGUCACUCGACGACUGUUGUAGAUGAUUUGAAGAACAGGCUGAUGACUGCCACAAAGGAGUUCAAAGACGUACUCACCAUGCGGACAGAGAAUAUGAAGGUUCAUGAGAACAGAAGACAGAUGUUUUCUUCAUCGGCUACCAAGGAAGCUUCAAAUCCAUUUAUGCGCCAACGUCCACUUGCUUCAAGGAAUACUGCGAGUACAUCAGCCAGCCCUCCUCCCUGGGCUAAUGAUUCACCUUCUUCUUCUCAGUUAUUUCCAAGGAAGCAUGGGGAUGGAGACACACAGCCAUUGUUGCAGGAGCAACAGCAGCAGCAGCAGCAGCAGCAGCAGAUAGUUCCAUUGCAAGACAGCUACAUGCAGAGUAGAGCCGAAGCUCUACAAAAUGUUGAGUCUACUAUCCAUGAGCUGGGCAGCAUUUUUAAUCAGCUUGCUACCUUGGUUUCUCAGCAAGGGGAGGUUGCAAUCAGGAUUGAUGAGAACAUGGAUGACACACUAACAAAUGUGGAAGGGGCACAAGGGGCUCUACUCAAGUACCUCAAUAGCAUCUCGUCAAAUCGGUGGCUAAUGAUUAAGAUAUUCUUUGUGCUGAUUUUCUUCCUUAUGAUUUUCCUAUUUUUUGUGGCAUAGUGAGCAAUGGCAACAUUCGACAAAGUGUGAGGUAGAAAGACAAAUAAUCGUGUACUUCAGAUAAGUUGCUCUGUCCCCUCAUGACGCUACUGUUGUUUCAAAAGAUCGAAUUUGAUACCAACUCCAUUUUGAGGCAUCUUUUUACCCUUGUCUUCCAUCAGAUGUGGCUUAUUGUAGUUAACUCUGUAAGGUUGUUGGGACUGGCAGUGUCUGUUUUUGUUCCCCCCUAUAAGUUGAAAGCUGUAACGUUUGGUUACCAGAACAAGGGAAAAAUUAUCCUGGUAUAAAUAUCUGUAUUAUUUUAUACACAGUUUGGUUAUUAUUUGAAUUUUGUAUAGUUAAAUAUUA